AUGUUUGCAACAGAAUACGAAACUUCUGCUUCCUCUCAGAGUUCUCGUCGAAGUUCCUCAACCUCUUUAUCUAAUUUAUGUCCAGCUCUAACUGCAGAUGAAUUGGCGCUUGCAGAAUGUAUUGAAGUCAUUGAAGCUGGAGUGGAAGAUGUCAUUAUUAACAAAGCCAAUGAAAAAGAGAAAAAAUGGUGGAUUGAUGGAAAUUACAAAAUUAUUGAUGAAAAAAGACUGCCCCUGAUCCUUGUAGAAAAUGUAAGCUACAAGGAAUUUGAAAAGAAAUGUGAAAGAGCAAACGCGUCAAAAUUCUGGGAAUACGAAAAUGGCAUUGUCACUAUAAUUGAGUUGCCAAAGAGAGAUCAUGAGAUUGCACAUGGUGAAUUCUCUUAUCAAUUUUUAUCUGCUUUUCAUAAUGUGCCAUAUCAAGACCGAGUCAGUGAAGUUGGAUCAACAAGUAUGUACUUUUCAGUAUUUAGUUUGCAGGCAUAUAUUAUUAUAUCAAACCUAACUCAGUUGUAUUCAGCUUGUUAUACUUCAGGAGAUGGUAGACGAAGGGGAACUUAUAAACAGUCUGAUUCUUCAUUUGUACCAAGCCUUCUGCCUAAACCAGCUCAAUAUCCAAGCGAUUCUGAGGGUAACCCUUGGCCGACUGUCAUCGUUGAGGUGGCUAAUACCCAAACUUUUGCAAGUAUAAUCCAAAAGACCACUCAAUUCUGGUUGGCUCCAAAUCGAGUAGAAGAUGUUAUUAUAUUAAAAUUAUGGCAUUGGGAUUCAAAUAGGGAUCAAAAUGGAACCCCUUUACGCCGUUUAACAAUUGAAUUUGGAACAAUUGAUAGAAAUCGGCAACCAUAUGGAGGAUGCUCUGCUCCGGGAAUGCGCACUUUGAGUAUUUCACCUCAUUGCAUUUACAAGGGCUGUGCUUGUCGAAAUCCACCACUCUCACCAUACCCAAUUGCAAAUAAUGUAAUCAUUGAUUUAUUUUAUAUUCAGCAGGCAAUAUUUAGAGUUAUUUAUCAAAGAGAUGAUGUAGAUAAUUUAAUUGAUAGAUUAAAUUUCAGUUCAACAUCAACAGCAGAUGAAUAUAUAUCAAUUGAUGAUGAUGAGAUUAAUGAAAUGCAACCGACGAGGAAAUUCUUGGUUCUUUUGAGCAAAUCGAAGAGGAAUAUGUUAUUAUAA